UUGUUAGUCUCACCUCCAGGGGAGAUACUGCUGGCUGUGCUAUCUGCAACCCCCACCUCCAUUUCACUCUCAUGGAGCAUUGCAAGUGGCUCGGUGAUGGGUUGGGAGGUAUUUUGGAGAGAUAUUAAUGGGAAUGUGACUGAAAACACUAGUGGAAGUCUCAGUGGUACCGACUAUACCAUUAAUGACUUGCUAACCACUACUUCGUACAGUGUUAGAGUCAGAGCCGUUAAUCCGAUUGGUACAACCGAAAGUCCUCGUAUCAUUAUCGUAACUUCAAACUUCUCUAACGUAAAUGAGACCUCUUUGCCUCCAACUUCAGUCUACGACUCUUGCCCACAAAUGAACAUGUCUUCUACAUCAUGCUCUGGAAUAGACAACAAUAUUAUGGCAUCUAUCGUAACUGGAGCAGUGGGGGUGGUGUUAUUGCUACUGCUUGCAUUAUCAGUAUCUGUUAAUGUUGUCAUGGUACUCAAAGCCCAUCCCUGCACAUCAGACAAAACAAGGAGUGGUGCAGUUGAAGUCUCGGGAUCAAAUAACGGUGAUAUGCAAGUAAACGCCACAGAAGAACCUAUAUACUCGAGUCCGUAUGAUAUUUCUGAAAAUGAAUUGUAUAAUAUAAUGCGAUUUGGAGCAAAACUAUAGCUAGCUAGCUACCUCAUCACCCCAUUUCUUAAUAACAUGCUCAAGUAGAAGAGACUUCGUUAUGUUGAACAUAAUUAUGUAUGGUGAUGAAUUAUUUCUGAU